GCAAAUAAGAGCACAUAUUCAUUUUUUCAGAUGUUGCAAACUUCGUUGCUUUGCUUAGAAAGAGGAAACAAAAUUGUUCUAUUUUCAAUUAGUAAUAAACUAAUUAAAUAAUUAAUUAAUAAAGUUCCUUGCCAUAGUUCCUACGGUAAAUUUUUUAAAUAGGUGACCAAACACUCACGUUACGAAAUACGCUACAAGAUAACGCUGGAAGCAGUAAUGGCUGCCGCCAUUUGACGAUCAGAAAGGAAAUUUACACUUUUUUUUCCAUUUUUAGAAAAAUGAAGUACAAUUACGUAUAAGUUAAUUAACAAGACUGAAACAAACGAGGAAUGACUUGCUAUAGUAUUAUAUCAAUUAGAAAGUUUAAGUGACGUUCAAAAUUUUAAAGUAAAUAAAUAUUUUGCGACCGGCGUUUCAAGCAUAAUUCAAAAUUUCUUAUCGAUUUUUAAUUAUUGAGCAAAGAAUCAAACACAAUGUGUUCGUUAACAUUGGAAAAGGUAGAAUUACACGCAGAUGUAUAUAUGGUAUGUCUGCACCAUGCUUUGUCAACAGAAAUAUUUGAAGUAAUGGGUUUACUCAUUGGAAAUUGCGUUGAAGGUAUAGCAAAUAUAUCUGCUGUUAUGAUUUUGCAUCGUUUAGACAAGAAAAAAGACCGUGUAGAAAUAUCUCCUGAACAAGUAUUAAAAGCAGCUGCGGAAGCUGAUCGUUUAACUAUUGAAUUAGACCGUCCCAUGCGAGUUCUUGGAUGGUAUCAUUCCCAUCCCCAUAUUACUGUAUUUCCAUCUCACGUAGAUGUAGGAACUCAAGCAACUUAUCAAACAAUGGAUCCCGAUUUUGUAGGUUUAAUAUUUUCAGUAUUUUCUGAAGCCAAGGAUUCAAAGGAACAAGAAAUAUCUUUAAUUUGUUUUCAAUCUCACGAUGGGAAAUGUAAAGAAGUUCCACUAGAAAUUGUAUAUACUCCAGAAUUAUCAGAUAUAUGUUUGAAAACAAUGACAGAUAUACCAAAAAUUUUGGUACAAGAAGAAGAAGAUACAGCAGAUGCUGGUAGAAAUCAUCCAGAUAUUCUUGCUACUAUACAUAAUAAUGCUGUCAAAACUCGUGCACUUCUUCAUAUCACAGAUAUUAUUACUAGACCUUUAGUACUUACAUUUGAGGAAAGAAUAGCUUUAAAUACAUUACGUGCGGCACAUCUUCGAAAACAAAUAUCAGAGUUACAGCAACUCUGUAAAGGCUAAAAUUCAUAAUAUUAACAAUUAUUCCCAUAAGAAAAGAGAAUAAUAAACCAGAUGAUGCGAAUCCUAUGUACUAUUUCCAAUGUUUAAUAUUAAUCGAUUAUAAAUAAAGUUUAUGCUAUUUUCAUGUUUAUUUCUGUCAUAUUUAUGAUUACUGUCGAAAAUAAGUAUUACUGCAAGAUGAUUAUAAAUAAAUACACGUUACAACAUAA